CAACUCAUGAGGCAUAUGCAAAGCCUAGUUGCCGGAAGAGAAAUCGACAAACGUCUCUUUUAUCAAAUCUGGCUGCGACGACUUCCCGCAAACAUCCAGCAGGUUCUUGCUUUCGGAGAUGACGACAUUGACAUAGAAAGGCUCACCGAAAUCGCGGAUCGCAUGUACGAGAGGUCAACACCUCAAUCUGUCGCUUCCACCAGCAGAAUACCAGACACUCACGAUAGAAUACAGACUCUAGAACACAAAGUCGACACCUUACUGAGUCAGUUAGCAAAACUGACUACACGCACACAACCAAGCCGUUCUAGAAGCUCGUCUCGUCGACGUCUUUCUCGAUCCCCUAGCACGUCACUACAUCGCGAUAAUAUUUGCUGGUAUCACCGUAGUUAUGGAAGCAAAGCACGACGGUGCCGUUCACCUUGCAAUUUUCAGACUAAACCAAAAGAUAUAUCGUCAUGUGUAAAAAAUACUGUUGGCAACCUACGAUCUAACAGUCGUUUGUUUUAUGUAACAGAUAAAAAUACCGGUACUACAUUCUUAGUUGACACAGGAGCAGAGGUGAGUGUUCUCCCUCCGUCUACACAGGAACGUCAACAUCCUGACCCAGCAGUUACGCUCCAAGCUGUUAAUCAGUCCAGUAUUGUUACAUAUGGAAGUAAACGAAUGACUUUAGAUUUUGGUUUAAAGAAUACCUACACUUGGUCUUUCAUCAUUGCAGACGUCCCAUCCCCAAUCCUCGGUAUUGAUUUUCUACAGCAACACAAACUGUUAGUUGAUCCGAUGAGCCCCAAGCUUAUAGACUCGCUCAAUAAAACGUACAUUGCUGGUACGAUUAGCCGUGCAUCAUCACUGAACUUGAUGGUCACACGCACACCAGCAUCUCCAUAUACCAAUUUGGUAAAUCAGUUUCCUGACCUUUUAAAACCUUCUUUUCGAGGAACAGAACCGAAGCAUCAUGUGGUUCAUCAUAUUAAAACCACUGGACCGCCAGUUUUUGCACGUCCACGACGCCUUGACCCAUAUCGACUUAAAAUUGCCAAAACAGAGUUCGAUAAAAUGCUAGAGCUUGGUAUUAUUCGACCGUCCAACAGCUCUUGGUCUUCACCGCUUCACAUGGUAACCAAAAAGUCUUCUGGUGAAAUACGGCCGUGUGGUGAUUAUCGAGCUUUAAACAAGCAAACGGUACCUGAUAGAUACCCAAUACCACACAUCCACGAUUUCGCUAGCAACUUACCAAAUGUAAAAGUUUUCUCUAAAAUCGAUCUGGUCCGAGCGUAUCAUCAUAUCCCCAUCCACCCGGAUGACGUUCCGAAAACUGCCAUUACCACACCAUUUGGUUUAUAUGAAUUCGUACGCAUGCCAUUCGGACUUAUGAACGCCGCUCAGACAUUCCAACGCCUAAUUGACCAAGUACUCCGUGGUCUCCCUUUCGUCUACGCAUACAUCGAUGACUUACUAAUUGCAAGUGCAGACGAAGCCGAACAUUUGAAACAUGUGAAGACAGUGUUUGAAAGACUGAACCAAUACGGAAUGACUAUCAACUUAGACAAAUGCGAAUUUGGUAAGACCUCCCUGAAAUUUCUCGGUCAUUUAAUCGAUAGCCAAGGAAUCAGACCAGUCCCUGAUGACGUACAAGCUAUCAAAGAUUAUCCACUACCAGAUUCUUUUAAAAAAUUACGACGAUUUUUGGGUCUCGUUAAUUUUUACCGGCGUUUUAUACCGAACUGUGCCAAAGCUUUACAACCAUUAACCGAUUGCUUACGUGGACAUAGUCGUUCAUUCCAUUUGCCCGCAGAAGCUGUUAAAGCAUUCGAAAAUGUCAAACAAUUGUUAAAUGACAAGACACUUCUAGUCAGACGCCAAAAUGAUGCCCCCCUGUCUCUCAUGACAGACGCUUCAGACGUCGCCAUCGGGGCAGUUUUACAACAGCAGGUACACGGCGAAUGGCAACCCCUAGCAUUCUUUUCGAAACGACUGAAUCCUACUCAAUGUCGCUAUAGCACUUUUGGUAGAGAGUUAUUGGCUGUUUAUUUAGCAAUCAAGCACUUCCGACAUAUGCUGGAAGGUACAACUUUUACUGUCUUUACAGACCACAAAGCUCUAACGAAAGCCUUAUCAGCAAAACAGGAUAACUACUCUCCGCGUGAACUACGACAUCUCGAGUUUAUAUCUCAGUUCACUUCUGAUCUGCGACAUGUGAAGGGUAAACACAAUGAAGUGGCAGACGCUUUAUCACGUGUGCACAUUGACAACAUUGUAUGCCCAGACAUCGACUACGAACGUCUCUCAAACCUACAACGAGAUGAUGCCGAGCUAAAAAAGAUCAUGUCUUCUAAAACAACAUCUUUAAAGCUAGACGCAAUUCCUUUUGGCACGACAAAAAUAAUCUGCGACACCUCUACAGGUAAAUAUCGACCUUUCGUCCCAGCAGCUAUGAGACAUACAGUAUUCGAGAAGUUACAUAACUUGUCUCAUCCCGGUGUCAGCGUUACUAUCAAACUACUAAAAGAAAGAUUUAUUUGGCCGAACAUUAAUAGCGAUGUUAAGAAGUGGACACGAAAUUGCUUGUCUUGUCAAAGAGUCAAAAUCAACCGUCACACUAAUGCACCACUUGGUCGUUUUCCUAAUCCCGACUCUAGAUUUGAACAUAUACAUGUAGACAUAGUUGGUCCACUACCUCCUUCCAAUGGUUGCAACUACAUUCUAACUUGCAUCGAUAGAUUCACUCGUUGGCCUGUAGCAGUUCCAAUAACCGACGUCUCAGCUGAAACGGUAGCUCAAGCUUUGGUCGAAAACUGGAUAGCUAAUUUUGGUGUCCCAUCCAUUAUCACUACGGACAGAGGUGCUCAGUUUGAAAGUCGACUUUUUCAACAGCUAACUGAAUUACUGGGCAUCAAACGAAUACGAACAACCGCCUACCAUCCUAGUUCCAACGGCAUGGUUGAACGCCUUCAUCGACAACUCAAAGCUGCGCUCGCUGCUUCUUUGACUCAAAACGACUGGUCAACCAAACUCCCACUGGUACUGCUUGGUAUACGAUCUGCUCUAAAGAAAGAUAUUGGCUGCUGUGUUUCCGAACUAGUCUAUGGAACAACAUUACGACUACCAGGAGAAUUUUUCACCCCAGGUAACCAAGUUCCACAAGAUAUGACUGGUUAUGUGCAGCAGCUAAAACAACACAUGAACGAGCUCAAGAUAUCACUUCCACGCCAGCAGGAACGAACGUCAUACAUCCCACCACAACUGACAGAUUGCACUCACGUCUUCGUCAGGAGAGAGGGUGUACAACGACCACUUCAACCCGCUUAUGAUGGCCCCUUCAAAGUUCUAAAUAGAAAUGAUAAAGUUAUCACGAUAGAACGACUGAAUAAAGCAGAAGCCAUCAGUGUCGACAGAGUCAAACCAGCAUUCAUCGACGAUUUCGAAGCCAACAAUAAAGACCAGCUGAACGACGUGCCAACAGCUACAUCCACGCAAGCUUCAACGUCGCCAGAGAAGCCUAUGAAAACUACACGCUCUGGUAGGAGAGUUCAUUGGCCUAAACGUUAUGUACAAAUCAUCAAUAUAUAA